UAUUUAUUUCUCAACCUAUUGCAAUAGAUAUAAUAGAGUUCGUCGAUGUAAGAAAUAUUACACAGUCGACAGGCGUUUAGUCAUUAUCUACACACAGGAAUAACUUAUAAAGAUAGUGUUAUUUAUUUACGAUGGCGGAAAAUAAGUUUAAUGGUGAAAUGAUAAGAAAAGAAUUAGAAGAGAAGGGUGUAUGUGUGGUACCAGGUGUUCUUAGUGAAGAAGAAUGUGAUGAACUUGUAGCUUCAUAUCGUCAUUGGCUAAAACAAUUCAAAGAUGAAGACUGGCCUUUCCACAUGAAUUCGGUUAUACAACAAUAUUACAUCGGUCAUUUCCAGCCUACGUGGACAGCACGUCUCAAGUCUAAGGAUGUCUUUAAAGAAGUCUGGCAAACGAACAAACUUCUAACUAGUUUAGACGGCGUCGCCAUAUCACCCCCACCAGAGUUGGGUGGUUCCGCAUUCGCAGUGGCAGAUGCCCACUGGUUUCACCUUGACCAAGGUGCCAUUCGCCAAGGCCUUCACGCUUAUCAGGGAGCAGUAUACUUAGAGGAAACGACGGAAAGUGACUACGUGUUCCGCGUGCUAGAGGGCUCUCAUAAAUUACACAAGCAUUUCUUCGAAAAAUUCUCUAAAGCAGCUAGAAAAUCCUCAAGGCAUGAUUUUUAUAAACUGACCCCAGAAGAAUAUGAAUGGUACAUAGGACAAGGUUGUGUCAAACGUACCAUACCUGUUCCCAAAGGAGGAAUGGUUCUGUGGGACUCCAGGACAAUUCACGACAAUUGCAAACCACAAUUUGGAAGACCAAAUUCUGAUAGGUGGCGCUUUGUUGUAUUUUCCUGCAUGACGCCGGCAAUAUGGGCGCGAGAAAAAGACAUCACCAAGAAACGGACAGCUUACAAAAAAAUGUUAAUGACGUCACAUUGGCCAUCACAAGAAGUGGAUUAUUUUGAUGAUUUUAUGCCGACACAUGAAGGUAAAAUCCAUACAAUUAAAGCUUUACCUGAUAUAGCCAAAACCCAAGAGGCUCAGCAACUGUCUGGUGUUCUAGAAUAUGAUUUUGAAGAUGGCCAAAGCAAUGGCCCUGAAGCACCCACGUGGAUAACACUUGAACAAAUUGGACUUGAUCCAAACGAGAACGGGGACGACGAAGACUAUCCAACAGAUGGAUCAGUACCUGCAUGGCAGAAAAAAAAUAAAAAUAAAUACCAUAAUUAAAUUAAUCCAUGUUCAUGUUGUUAAAUAGAAAUAAUGGAUUAGUGGCAGAUAUCGUUAUUAUGUAAAUUAUUAAGAACCAAUGAUUAUCCAAACAGAAUAAUACAUUUACAAUAAUAAACAAAAUUUUAUCCAAAUGUAAAUACACUGUUAUUAUAUGGUAGAAGUAAAAUAAAAGGUACAAUAAAACUUUCAUGUUAAACUA